CCAGGUUGACAACGCCAUCAAUGGUUGUGGUUCUUGACCACUGUCUUCAUUUUCUUCAUCAUCAUGAUAUCAGCAUCGUCUUCUUCUUGUUCUUCUUCUAUCUCAUGGUCUUUUUUGGUUUUUCCCUUUUGCUGGCCCAUAAAAACUAAAAUAGUAGUCUGAGGACCCCCUCCAUCUGCAAAGAAUUCAACCCUGCAAUUAUUGUGGGGAAGAAAAAAAAAAGAAGUGAACUUCUGGGUGUUCUUCUCUGUUCUCACAUGCUCGCGGAAGCCCAAGUCAGAAGGUGGCUCGCUUUCUCCUGCUUCAAGUAUUCCCUUCCUAAUUAUAAAGAAACAGAAAGUGUCCAGCGCAGAGCCAGGUUGUUGAUCUAGCAUCACAAUGGAUCUGGUUUGGCUUCUCUGCAUUUUCGUCCUCUUUUUUGGAGAAUUGUCACUAGGACAGUCCAAACCUGAUGUAGAUGCAGUGAAUGUCGGAGCUAUUUUCACCUUUUCUUCUAUCAAUGGAAAAGUCGCUCAAAUCGCCAUGAAGGCUGCGGAGAACGAUGUUAAUGCAGAUCCAACUUUUCUUGGUGGACGCAGACUGUCUAUAUCCAUGCAUGAUUCCAAUUUCAGUGGAUUUCUUGGCAUCAUCGGCGCUUUGCAGUUCAUGGAGACGGACACAGUUGCAAUAAUAGGUCCACAGAAUUCAGGAAUGGCCCACAUUCUCUCGCAUCUUGCAAAUGAACUACAUGUUCCAAUGCUGUCGUUCACUGCGCUGGACCCCAUGCUUUCUCCCCUCCAGUACCCCUACUUCAUUCAAACUGCACCCAGCGAUCUGUUCCAGAUGAUCGCUGUUGCAGAUAUGAUCAGCUAUUACGGAUGGCGAGAGGUGGUUACAAUUUUCUCCGACGAUGAUCAUAACAGAAAUGGCGUCACUGUGUUAGGUGAUCAACUUGCAGAGAGACGCUGCAAAAUAAUAUAUAAGGCAGCUCUUCCCCCAGAUCCAACGGCAACUGAGAAUGAUGUUAUAGAUGAAUUGAAUAAGAUAAAACUGAUGGAAUCCCGAGUAUUCAUAUUGCAUACAUUCACAAAGACGGGUCUUUUGGUUUUUGAUGUGGCCAAGAGGCUUGGCAUGAUGGACAGUGGGUAUGUCUGGUUCGCAACUUCGUGGUUGUCUAGUGUUCUGGAUUCUGAUUCAUCGCUUUCCUCAAAGGAUGCCCACUCUAUCCAGGGAGUUCUUGCACUUAGGCUUCACACACCUGACUCAAAGAGGAAAGCGGAUUUUUCAGCGAGGUGGAAAUCGUUGAGCAAUGGUACUAUUGGGUUGAACCCUUAUGGUCUUUAUGCCUAUGAUACGGUAUGGAUGAUUGCUCGUGCAGUUAAAAUGUUCCUGGAUCAGGGAAACAACAUCUCAUUCUCUAAUGACACGAUAUUAAAAAACUUUCGGGGAGGAACUCUGAAUCUCGAGGCAUUGAGCAUUUUUGAUGGAGGGAAGCAGUUGCUUAACAAUGUCCUGCAGACAAAUAUGAAUGGUCUGACCGGCCCGAUCAAAUUUAAUCCAGACAGAUCUCUAGUACAUCCUUCUUAUGACGUCAUUAACGUACUUGAAAAUGGGUAUCGCCAGAUAGGAUAUUGGUCCAACUACUCCGGGCUUUCCAUUGUGCCUCCCGAAGAACUUUAUGCCAAACCACCUAACCGUUCUAGUUCGAACCAACAUUUGAACAGUGUAACUUGGCCUGGAGGCACCAGUACGAAGCCUCGCGGUUGGGUUUUUCCGAAUAAUGGGAAGCGACUAAGGAUAGGAGUUCCAAGGAGAGUUAGUUACCGAGACUUUGUAGAGCAGGUCAAUGGUACUGACAUCGUCCAGGGCUAUUGCAUAGACGUGUUUCUUGCUGCCAGAAAAUUGCUUCCUUAUGCAGUUCCAUACGAAUUUGUCUUGUUUGGAGAUGGUCUCAAAAAUCCUAGCUACACCGAGCUCGUAAAUAUGAUUGCAGCAGAUGUUUUCGAUGCUGCUGUGGGAGAUAUCGCGAUUAUCACAAAUCGAACAAAGAUUGCAGAUUUUACUCAGCCUUACAUUGAGUCGGGUCUAGUUGUUGUUGCCCCUGUUAGGAAGUUGAAUUCAAGUCCUUGGGCCUUCUUGCGUCCAUUCACUCCAUUGAUGUGGGCUGUCACAGGAGUUUUCUUCCUCAUUGUAGGAGCAGUCGUGUGGAUUCUUGAACACAGAAUUAACGAUGAGUUCCGGGGAUCUCCCAGGAAACAGGUCAUGACAAUUCUUUGGUUCAGCUUUUCUACUAUGUUCUUUGCACACAGAGAAAACACCAUAAGCACACUUGGUCGCAUAGUGCUGAUCAUCUGGCUUUUCGUGGUUUUGAUAAUUAACUCAAGUUAUAUAGCAAGUCUUACAUCAAUCCUGACCGCUCAACAGCUAUCCUCACCGAUCAGAGGAAUAGAUUCGUUAAUAAUCGGCAAUUCCCCAAUCGGCUUCCAAGUAGGGUCUUUUGCAGAGAACUAUAUGGUUGAGGAGCUGAGCAUUCCAAAAUCAAGACUUAUUGCGCUUGGCUCACCAGAGGAAUAUGCUUCAGCCCUCGAGUCUGGAAGAGUAGUUGCUGUGGUUGACGAACAACCAUACAUAGACCUCUUCCUUUCAAAUCACUGCCAGUUCUCAAUCAGGGGCCAAGAGUUCACCAAAAGUGGGUGGGGCUUCGCAUUCCCUAGAGACUCCCCUCUAGCCAUCGACAUGUCCACUGCGUUGCUCGCUCUGUCAGAGAAUGGUGAGCUCCAGAAGAUCCAUAAGCGGUGGCUGUCCAAAAAGGCGUGCGGUUCCCAAAACUCGGGAUCGGACCAGCUUCAUCUCCAAAGCUUCUGGGGCCUGUUCCUUAUUUGCGGGGUUUUAUGCGUUGUAGCUCUCCUCCUGUACCUCUUCUUCAUCCUGCGCAAGUUCAAACGGCAUUCUCAUCAAGCACCCGAGCCAUCCACUCAUGGAAGCUCUCGUUCCGCGCGCCUUCAGAAUUUUAUGUCGUUCGUGGAUAUGAAGGAGGAUAAGUCCCGGAGCAAGUUGAAGAGAAAGCGAAACAACCACCUUAUAAAUGGAUACAGGGAAUCCAAGUCAAUCGAUGGGUCUGAUAUACUGGAACCGGACGUCUCGGGGCAACGUUGAACAGGGGAUUUACUGGCCUUACGAGUUUCUAUAGCUAAUAACAGCUUGGUUGCUUAUUUUCAAUCUAUGAUCUAGAAAGAACCGAGAAUUCUCCGAGUGUUGAGUUUCACUUCAUGCCCUGAAGAACAGUACCCGACAGCAGUCCUUACAGUAGGCGACCAGUUUGUUGUGCAGCAUUUUAACCGAAGAUAUCGUUUUUCUUUUCUGUUCCGUUCCGAAACGCCAUUCCAUUGGAUUGGGGAUUCCCAGAAGGCGAGCAGACCCCCAAGCCAGUCGAACGGGCUUUACUUUAGAAGUCCACAGCCGCCAUCGCUGCGGGAGUUAGGAGCAGCUAAUGCCUGUGCUGCUGAUGCAGAAGCAGAAGAAGAAGAAGAAGAAGAAGCUGUGCGCGCGCGCUAUAGGCAGUGAGGGGGAAAUGCUUUGUAAGUCUUUUCCUUUGCCGGAAACAAUACAAAAGGGCCUGUUUUUAGAGAACACUGACUUGAAAGUUCAUUGCAAUUCGACAGUGGAUGAAUGCAAAACGUUGUUAGUUUGUGCGCAUGUUCAUUUUUGUGAUUUUAAUCAACGUUUUGCUCAUAAAA